AUGGUGGUCAGAAGACGGGUCAAGGACGCAGCGCCCGCCGCCUCAGUCCAGGUUCCUGCCCUGACCCCGGCCGCCAGCUGCUGCCCCGGCCUCACCGCCGGCCGGCACUCUGAAUCCCACUUCGGCUCCAGCUCCCGGGGCUGCUACGCGGAAGCAGAGGCGAAGGAAGCGCCGCACACGGCCCCGCCUCUCCGGCCCGCAGGAGCCAAUCGGAGCUCGGGGCCGCCGCGCACGCGCCCUGCCUGCCGCCCACGCGCUCACGCCCCUCGCCCGCUCGCGCCUAUUCCGGCGUCACGCCUCCAGCUUCUUGUGCCUGCGUUGCGAAAGUUCCUCGCCACCUACUCGAGUGACUGGAGGGCCAGUGGCCCACACAAACAAGGGUCCCGUCUCUUGGCCUCUAACAGGACAGUGCCCGUGGAGGAGUUUGUGACCGGCUGGAUCUCUGGAGCUCUGGGCUUGGUCCUGGGACACCCCUUUGACACUGUAAAGGUGCGGCUGCAGACCCAGACCACAUAUCGGGGCAUCAUUGAUUGUUUGGUCAAGACUUACCGCCACGAGUCGCCCCUGGGCUUCGUCAAGGGAAUGAGCUUCCCCAUCGCCAGCAUAGCUGUGGUCAACUCUGUCCUGUUCGGGGUCUACAGCAGCGCCCUGCUGGUACUGACAGCCACCUCCCACCAGGAGCGGCGGGCCCAGCCGCCCAGCUAUACGCACGUCUUCAUAGGCAGCUGCACAGGGGGGUUCCUGCAGGCCUACUGCUUGGCCCCUUUUGACCUCAUCAAAGUCUGGCUACAAAACCAGACAGAGCCCAAGGGGAAGUCAGGGAGCCCCCCACCCCAGUACCAGGGGCCCGUGCACUGCGCGGCCUCCAUCUUCUAGGCCGAGGGGCCCCGGGGGCUGAUACAGGGAGCCUGGGCCCUGACGCUGCGGGACAACCCCACCCUGGGAAUCUAUUUCGUCACCUACGAAUGGCUGUGUUGCCAAUUCACGCCGGAUGGCCAGAACCCCAGCUCGGGCACAGUGCUGGUGGCAGGGGGCUUUGCCGGCGUCACCUCCUGGGUCACAGCCACCCCCUUAGCCGUGAUCAAGUCCCGGAUGCAGAUGGCGGGGCUGAGGCAGAGGGUGCACCAGGGGCUGCUGGACUGCAUGGUGAGCAGUGCCCGGCGGGAAGGGCUGGGGGUCUUCUUCCAGGGGCUCAGCAUCAACAGUGCCCGUGCCUUUCCCGUCAACACCGUCACCUUCCUCAGCUACGAGUACCUCCUCCACUCCCGGGGAUGA